GCGACUCUUCGCAGCGUGGGCGUGCGGCCUCUGCCUCGGGCAAUGCCCUCGAAGGCCUCCAGGAUGGCUUCGCCGAGCUGAGCGACGCAAUGGCCGACCUGGAGCAGAACUUUGUGCAGCUGCAGCUGAUGCACGAGAGCCUGGCGCGCUUCUCGGAGAGCUUUGCCGCCUUUCUCUACGGCAUGAACAUGAAUGCUUUCUGUGUCGACUUUCCAGAGGCCCCGAUACCCGAAUCCUUCAACCGGCCACAGAACCACCCCGACGGCGGGGCGCCCAACUUCAACCGCUCGCAGGGGCCAGAGGACAUGGAGGCGACGUUCCUGACCACCGACACGUCCUUUGUCGAUCAUCCCCCGAGCAGCAAGAUUUCGUCCAAGUUCCAGCCCCCGCAAACGCCCGCGCCCGCCUCCAAAACAUCCGGCUUACCAAGAGGGAGGGGAGGUAUCCCGCGGGCUGGUGGACGUGGCGGCAUCCCGACACGCGGAGGCACAACACGAGGCACAAGAGGCGGUACGGGCAUCGCGAGAGGCGUUGCUGCGCGGGGAAGAGGGGCGCGAUGAACAAGUCAAUCGGCCAUGGGAGGGUUGGAAUGUUGCACUGCGAUACCCAGUUGA